AUGCCUCAACUCCAUAUUUCCCAUUCCCUUGUCUCUCUCACAAAGCAGAUUAGGAAAACUCUUCUCACCCUCGCCAUCAUCCUCUCGCGCAGAAAAAGCCCACCUCUCUCCUUCGGUUUUCAGACUUUCUCAGAUCGGGUUUUAGCCCUUGAGCAUCCGGAAGAAAACUUCCUUCACGCCUCGGAAAAAUCGCCCUCCUCUUGUCGGAAAUCAGCUACAGCCCUAUUGCCGGCGUCGCCUGCCACACCCACGCAGCCGGGACCUGAGAGGAGCGGUGCCUCCCCAUCGCACGACCGCGGCCUCCGCAAACAAGUCGCCGACGUCUGCAAUAUCCGAGCACUUCCCAUCAUCACCGCGAGCGACGGGUCUCCAGUUCCACCGGGAGAUCUCCUUAGCAACCAACGCGAACACCAAGCCCAACCGAUCGUCGGCGCAGGACAUGAUCGAGAUCUGCCGUCGAGGUCGCGUAUCUCGAGCCUUCAACAGCGACGGCCCCGGGAGUUCAGAUCAAGAAGACGGGACCAACCAACCUCUGUUCGCGUGAGCGACCCGCCGACGUCCGCCCAGUUCACAUCUGUUCAGCCGCCACUAACCGUGGCCGCGCACCGUGCCGAGACGACGUCCGCCCCGAAUACCAACGAGUCCGUUCGUGGUCUGUACGCAAGUGGCCGAGUUUUGUGCAGUAGAGCUGAUAAUGUCAGUAAUUUUGUUAAAGUGGAUUCACUGUUCGGACCGGAUGUUCGGCUCGUCUAUAAAACUUAUGCGACUUUGUACUUCGUCUUCGUAUUUGACAAUGCCGAGAAUGAUCUUGCAAUGCUAGAUCUCAUGCAAGUUUUCGUGGAGACACUGGACAAGUGUUUCAGUAAUGUAUGUGAGCUGGACAUAGUGUUCAAUUUUAAAAAGCUUUUAGAUUCUUUGAUAAUGAUAAGUAUGCUAGUGAUCCCUGGAGCUCAUUUGCAGUUUAAAUCUCAGGUGCAUACAAUUCUAGAUGAGAUCAUAUUGGGCGGCCAAGUGCUCGAGACAAGUUCUUCAGAAGUCGUGAAGGCUGUUGACGAAAUCUCGAGGCUAGAGAGCAGUUCAAAUUCGAUUAUUUCAUCAAUCCCUGGUUGGCAGGGUCGAUAGCAUCUGUAAACUCUUGCUAUUCUUUGAUCCCAAAAAGAAAAAAAAAAUAUGUCAAGCUAUGUUGAAUUAAUCUUUUUCCAGCAGCUAUGAAUUAAUCUUUGAAGAUCUACCUCGUUCAUGUUGAUUCACAGAAAUUCUUCUAUUUUUUGUCAAACUAUGUUUUUGGCACAAGUGUGUGUUUGUUGGGGAUAGGAUAACAUGGUCUCACGAGUUUCUCCUACGUGAUGAUUGCUUUUCUUGCCCGUUGUUUGACUGAUCUGAUCUUUUGGGUUCCUUUUCAUUGGGGUCUCACAUGACAACGGAAAACAAAGUUUAGUUGGAUAUGAGAAUUUUCAAGGAUAUACUUUACAGUGCUAUCUAUGUAAUUAGUACAUAUUGUAGUGCAUCAAAUAAAUUUUCUUGUUAAGAAUUCGCGAGUGAAAUCAUGCUUGG